CAAAAUUAGUAUGCUUAAGUCAUGCGACUAUAAUUUCGGGGACGAUUUUGGAUUGUGAGUGAGGCUCUAGGAGUACGACCAAAUUCAGAAUUAACCUGUUUGAGAAUUAAUUGAUUUUAUGCGGUAUGAUGAGUAAUGGAAUUUCGAGGGAUCGUGUUUAUUUCGUAAGUUUUAUAAAUACCGCGCAAACAAACGACUGGCAUCAAUUGCUUAUCGUCGAACGUGAGCGUCACAAUGAAUUACUACGCCCUUCUGCCGCUUCUAACGUUGGCCUUCGCCCAAAGACCUGGCUUUUUGGCCGGAAGCCCCGGCUCCCCAGAAUUGGCAUAUCGGUUUCGGACCGGCGAAAGUAGUACGGAAACACCGGUACCGGCCUUUGGCAAUCGGUUGGGUGGAGAAACAGGCACGACACGAAGAAUACCCGUGGAUGCACGCGGAGAUGCGGACCUGGUAAACCGCGUCAAUUCUUGGCCGCGAGAAAACAAACCGUUUUGGUUGCUAAACUAUGAGAUAAUCGAGGCUAGGCGGAAUGAAGGCCAAGGAAAUUUCGGCAAUCAACAAGUGGAAGUGCAACAGAGAUUUGGGUCCCCAGACAGCAAUCGCAAUGACGUGCGCGAUCAGCGGGGAUUCAAUCCCGCUUAUGACUAUGACGACUUUGGUAAUCGUAUGAACUAAUCCACUGUCGAAAUUUGGACUUGAGGUUACUGCGUUACGUUAAUGUGUAGAGAUCGCUUUCCAAAAUAAAUGAAUACCUUUAAUGUUA